GCUGCGCGUCCCUGCCCGGUGGCCAAUUUCCGAGGCCCCGAAGCAUUCGUCCUCGUGCCUCGGCCCCUCGCGCGCAGGCCGACCGAAAUUGGCUCUUUCGAGAAAUUCGAACUCCCAGUUUGUGGCACGAAUCGAGAUUUCUGUCACCAGCACUGCGUUCGCGACGCAGCUCUCGAUUGCUGGUUUGCUCGUCUUUUUGCCGUGCGCGAGCUUCGGCAAAAAGUUCGGUCGUCAGUCAUGUUGGCGAGAGUCCAGUUUCCGUCUGGCGUGUCGCUCGUCAAUCACCGGCUUCUAUGGAGGGAGUUGCGAGAUUUGGCCACCAGCUCGAUUUCAGCCGGCGUGGUGUGGUAGCUUGAGCCCGGAAUCGGGGGAAAUGUAAGCGCAUUGCUUCGAUUCUUGAAGGUUGUGAAGAACGGUUUGAAUUAUCUGCUGUGAAGGAGGGAGGUGUCGCCUCCAUGACGGUCCCGUCGACUUCCCGGCCUGCCAAACGGGCGAAAACUGCUUCCCGCGGUCAAGAUGACUACGCACCAGGCAACAUUAUCGAAAUCGAGCUUCACAAUUUUAUGACCUAUGGGCACAUAAAAUCAAAACCUGGACCACGCCUGAAUCUGGUCAUCGGUCCGAAUGGCACGGGAAAAAGUUCCUUGGUCUGUGCAAUUUGCAUUGGCCUGGCCGGAGAACCUCAGCUUUUAGGCCGCGCUGGCCAGAUUGGUGACUUCGUAAAGCGGGGUGAAGAAUCUGGAUGGACAAAGAUUUCUCUCCGCGGCAACUCUGAUGACGAAGUUGUCGUGAUCACGAGAAAAAUUAACAGUAGGAACAAAAGUGAUUGGCUGCUCAAUGACCGGUCCGUAUCUAAAAAGGACGUCCAGGACGUCGUGCAAGGAUUCAACAUCCAGUUAAAUAACCUAACCCAAUUUCUCCCUCAGGACAGAGUAUGCGAAUUUGCAAAGCUCACCCCUAUUGAGCUUCUGGGAGAAACUGAGAAGGCUGUCGGAGAUCCAGAGCUGUCAGCUCAACAUCAAAGACUCAAAGUUCUGAGUGAAGAUCUGAAGAUGCUGCAAACAACCGUCUCUCAGUUGGAAAGCUCGUUAGCUCAGAACAAAGCCAGUAAUCGCGAACUUGAAGAAGAUGGCCAGCGCAUGCGUCAGAGGAACGAGCUUUUGGAAAAGGCUGCAUCGUUGAGGAAGAAGCUUCCAUGGCUUAAGUAUGACGAGAAGAAAGCUGCUUACCAGGCUGCUAAAGAAGCCGAGAACCUCUCGAAGAACACUUUGCGGGAUGCACAGAAUCGCCAACAAGAGCUGCAGGCACCAUAUCAGGUUUUGAAAAGAAAGAAGCAGACCGCAGAGGAAGCGAGCAAGAAACUCCUGGCUUUCAAAUCUGCAAGCGAGACUAAGAUGCGCCAACUAGCUGAUCUUGAAUCCGAAAUGGCGUCGCAAGCACGGUCUUAUCUUCUUGAAAUUGAAGAAGUGCAUAAAAGGGAAUCACAACGACAGGAAAAGAUCGAGAGAGCACAACGAGAAGUUGCUCUUGCAGAAGCUGAACUUGCUCGUUUGCCUGAAUAUGAAGCUCCAACAUCGCAGAUUCAAGAAAUUGCCAACAAAAUCCGGAGCUUACAGAUGGAGUCGUUGGAAAUGAAAAACUCCAGGCUAGAGAAGGAUUCUCAGCUGGGGCAACUAAGAAACUCUCAUGAGCAGUGUAUUCGCAGGCUUAAAGACAUUAGUAGCGUGAAUACUCGCUUGCUUCAGCAACUCCAAAAAGCAGGAGCACACGGGAUAUUCGAAGCCUACCAAUGGGUCCAAACUCAAAGGGAACAAAACAUGUUUAAAAGUGAUGUUUAUGGACCUGUCUUACUCGAGGUUCAAAUCCCGGACAAAGCGAAUGCAGCCUAUAUUGAAAAUCAUGUCCCAGGUCAUAUCUGGAAGUCGUUCAUCACUCUGAACGAGGAAGACCGAGACUUCUGUGUGAGAAACUUAAAACAACAUGGAUGUCCCGUUAUCAAUCAGAGAGAUAUACAGAGACCAUCUGCUCUUCCUCUGACUAAUGAGAUGCGGCAACUUGGUAUCGUGAUGAGACUGGAUGAAGCUAUCUUCGCCCCUGAAGUGGUGAAGCAAGUUCUUAACGGCCAAGCAGUUCUUGAUCACUCUUUCAUAGGAAACUCAGAGGCGAACCUCAGAGCUGACGAAGCUCCAAAACUAGGCGUCGGAGAUCUCUGGACUCCAGAAAACCACUACCGAUGGCAAAGGUCAAGAUAUGGGGGCCACGUAUCUGCCAGCGUAGGGGCAGUUCGACCUGUUAGACUUUUCUCCGAAAAUAUAGACGUCCGAGAAAAGAAUAAUCUCGAGCAAAGGAAAGCAGAACUUGAGGAGGCCAUUAAGCAAUCAGAAGAAGAGAUAAAGUUCUACGGAGCAAAAUUAAGAGAUCUGGAAGUUGAUCAAGCGAAGCUUCACAGAGAACGGGAAGAACUUUACAACCAAGUGAAGAUGGAGAAAAAGAAACGACAGGACGUAGUAAACCUUGUCGAACAACGCAAAAAAAAGUUGCGCAUGUUUGAGAAUGAGGAGUCCUCGGCGAUUGCGGAAGCUAAGCUUAGAGAAUCAGUCAGAGAAAUCAACGCCCAGCGUUGUCAAAAUGUGCUCAAGUUGAAGGAGGUGAUGGUAGCUGCAGUAGAGAAACAAAUACAAUAUGCUGCCCAUCACCUGAAUGUCAUAGAACUGGAUGCGAAGCUGAAGGAAUUGGAGAAAGAUUUGAAAACCCAGGAAGACGCUUUAGACGAAUUGCAAAGACACUAUGAUCUCUUGAAAUCCACUACAGAGUCUGCAAGGCAGGCUUUGCAGACUGCAAAAGGAGAUGCCGAGAAAGUCGCGAGCCUAACUUCCUCUCUUCAGGCAGAGUUCCGCAAGAUGCCAGACUCCGUGGAAGAGCUGGAAGAAGCUAUUAGUGAAGCUGUUGAUGCAGCCAACGCUGUCAUUUGUAACAAUCCGAAUGUUCUCGAGGAGUAUGAGCGGCGUUGUAAGCAAAUUCAAGGCCUGACCGAGAAAGUAGACAACCAAAGGACCAAUCUAGAACGUUGCAUGAAAGAGAUCGAGACAACAAAGGACCUUUGGUUGCCUAGGCUUAGAGACCUAGUCAGCAGAAUAAACGAAACUUUUAGUCGGAAUUUCAUGGAGAUGGCGGUGGCAGGAGAAGUAUCUCUUGAUGAGCACGGCACGGACUUCGACAAAUAUGGAGUUUUGAUCAAGGUCAAGUUCAGGGAAACAGCGGAGCUACAAGUCCUCAGCGCUCACCAUCAAUCGGGAGGGGAACGCUCUGUCUCAACAAUUUUGUAUCUGGUCUCACUUCAAGACCUGACCUAUUGUCCGUUCAGGGUUGUGGACGAGAUUAAUCAGGGUAUGGAUCCCAACAAUGAGAGGAAGAUGUUCCAGCAGCUAGUCCGGGCAGCGAGCCAACCCAAUACUCCUCAGUGCCUGCUCUUGACGCCAAAACUGCUUCCAGACUUGGACUAUACCGACGCGUGCACUGUCCUAAACAUCAUGAAUGGUCCUUGGCUUGAAGAAGCCUCCACAGAGGUAAAAAAGAUGUACAAGCAUAUGUCGACGGACUAGUGAAGGAGAAGAAGAUGGCCGAACUAUCUGUCUUCUUGAAGCCUUCGCAGCAGAGGAAAUUCGGAGUGAGAAUUACAUCGAUCUGGAGCAUUCAAUAUGGUGCAAUCUUUUCAAGCCUCCGAGCAUUAGAUCACCCGAACACUUGCCUAACACUUCAUUGUGUUCGAGCAGCAGGCCAAAUGCAUGCAAUUGCUACAUGACUGAGGAUACUGAAUCCAGUAACGUAUCAGAAGUACUCAAAAACCAGGGGACCCUCCCGUAGAGUCAGUCACAGAAUGAGGUCCAACAGAUGAAGUAGCCUUUCGGUGAUGCUAAGAAGUCAGGAGCAACACUUAAAGACAAGUGGUUCAAGAGCAGAACCCCUCGUGCUCCAUAUUACACGCAUACUCACCAGCUGUGCACAGAUUAUUCCAGCCCUUUAACAUG